GAGUACGUUCUCCUACCCAUCGCCUCCCCGUUGAUUCCCUGCCUCCUGAAGUGCCUGAAAGUGAAGAUCGUUCUCCUGGUCUGUCUAGUCGGCAACAUGCUCGGGGUCUUUGGUCUGGUCAUGGGCCCGAAGAUGCACGAGUCUGGCGAUUCCGCCUUCGCUCUCUUUGUCGUUUCGCGGGCCAUCUCCGGGAUCUGCCACGCCGGGAUCGCCAUGUACGGGAGCGUCUGGGUGGAUCUGCAUGCGCCGAAGGAUCAGGCGGCAUCCUGGCUUGGUGCCAUGCAGGCCAGCUCCCUCGUGGGCCUCGUCGUCGGCUACACCGUCGCAGGCUACUCGGAGGACUGGGUGACGGUCUUCUGCGUGAACCUGGUCUGGUUUGCGGCAACGUUUGCCUGCCUCGCGUGCGCUGCCUCGGAGUUCAUCGGCAGCGCCGCUUCGAGACACCGAUCCGGAUCUCAGGUGCGGCUCUCCUUCGUGUCGGUCCCGUCCGGAAGCUUCGUGGACCAAGCGGACUGGGCAGACGCCAGAGAAGUUGAGCUGGCGGAGGCGGAGGACCCCGAGGUCCGCCUGAUGUCAACGCAUCGUCCUGCUUCCGCCCAGCAGAACGUUCAGAACCUUCCUGUCUAUGCCUUGAUGGCCUUCUGCGUGUCUUCGCUUUUCUUUGUGUCUGGCGGCCUGCAGUUCUGGGCGACUCCCUACAUGGAGCAGAUACGCCUCAAGGAGCUCAGGGAGGUUUCCGGGCUCGGCUCUGAGGUCGAAGCCUGUGCCCAGGUGCACAGUCUCGUGGUCACCUUGGUGGCCGUCAUCACCCUUACGGCUCCAACCUUUGGGGUCUUCUUGGGAGGAGGGGCCGUCGACAGCAUCGGGGGCUACAAGGGAGCGGCCGGGCGAUCCACGCUGAAGCUGCUCGCCACAGGUGCUCUGCUGGCCAUGGUCUUUGGCGUCGCGGCCUGCUUCUCGACGAACUUCUGGCUAGCAGUUUCCACCUUUUGGGUCUUCAACAUGCUGGGCGCCGCGCUGCUGCCUGGGGCCUUUGGCUUGAUGCUGGCCUCGGUGCGGUCCGAGAAGACCUCAGCUGCAUCCGCCAUCGCCCAGAUCCCAAUCAACCUCUUGGGUAUG